AUGAGGAAGUCCAAGGCGGCGGCUGCGGCGGCCGCGAAGCAGCCGCACCACGCGGCGCAGAACGGCCACGCCCUCCCGUCCCGGCUCGCCCGGUACCUCGACCCCGACGCGUCCUUGGACAAGGACCAGCUGCUGGACGCGGUGCACUGGAUCCGGCAGGCGGUGGGGCUCGCCUGCGGCCUGCUCUGGGGCGCCGUCCCCCUCGUCGGCGCCUUCUGGAUCGCCCUAUUCUUUACUAUUUCCACCGUGAUAGUUCAUUUGUACUAUGCACACUUGCUGAAGAUUGAUGAGGAAGACUUUGGAGGCCACGCCGCCCUACUUCAGGAGGGGCUCUUUGCUUCGUUCACUCUUUUCCUGCUUUCGUGGACUCUGGUAUACAGCCUGGCUCACUUCUGA